AUGAUGUUCCUCGUCAAAAAUUUUCUCUAUUUUAUUCUAUUACAUUUGGUGAUUGCUUCACCUCAAAUUAAUCUUCAUCUUACAGAUGGAAUAAGUAAUAAUACGAAUGAUGUUGUAUUUCAACAUGAUUGUCUUCAUGUACUUGCUUCUACUGAAAAACAAAAAAAUAUUCAUCAAAUUGUCUCUUAUUGUUUAACUGAGUGGUUAUCAGAAUUGAAUAUUGAAGAAAAUAAUCUUGAUCAAAAAUUUACUUUUAAUCAACUUUACAAACAAAAUAUUACUAAUCAACAAUUAUAUCUUUGGUCAGCAUCUAUGGAUGUAGUUGAACGUUAUCAGUUCUAUUUAAAUGAUCUUUCAAAUUCAAAUAAAUCAUCUUUCAUGGCAACACAACUGUUCUAA